UAAAAUAUUAUUUAAAGAUAUGUAAUUCAACUCUUCAAUUAUUAAAAAUCAAUGUCAACAAAAUGAUUAAGAGUACAUCUAAAAUUACCGAACAACAUAAGGCCAAUAAUGAAGUUCAAGGACGAACUUGUAGUUAUACAUCUGUAGAUAGAGCACCGUCAUCGUUAAGUGUAUCAGCUGCAGCUGAAUACAUGUUAAGUUUACCUGUCACAUGUCCACCUUCACCGGCACUAUCAAAUGUUACUUUAACACCAGGACGUACUAGAAAUUUAGAUCAAGAUAUGGAAGCACUUAGAUUAUCGAGACAAGAUAAUCCAUUUAUUCAGCAAGUAUUAGCAAGUCGUGAAAGUUUAGAUUGUUUAGAAGAAUCAGAAUCAGAUGAUACAAUUUUAAUGUCACAGGAAUUUUUAUCUGAUUUUGAUGCUGAUCCACUAACAUUACCCGAAGUUCAUGAACAUAUGAUACGUAGUCCACCGCCUACAACAUGGCCAAAAUCGCCUAAUUUUAAAGCAUUUCGUUUUCCACAUACAACAGCUUCGGAUGAUGAGAAUGAGAAUUUUCCACAAAAAUCCCCCCAGCGAUCACGUUUAUCAUUAGGUGAUACAUCAAGUCAAACAAUGACAAUGACAACAGUUUCGUCUCCACGACCAAUACCCCAAAUACCGCGACCACAUAGUCAUCAUCAACAUAGCGACACGAAUACAAAUACCAAAUUUUUACUAUUAAAUCCAGUAUCAAUCCGUUCAUUAUCAGAUGUACGUAGAAUUAGUACAACACAUCAAACACAAGAGGAUGAUAGCGUUCAAUUAAUGUCUAGCAGUGAUGAAUAGAUCUAUUCUAAUAUUUAUUUUACUAUGAAUAACCAUUUUGACAUAAUAUGAUUCACGAGUAAAUUGAUUCAUGUUUACCUGUUGAGGUCAGUAAGAAUGGUAUGAAGGUAUGGAAACAUUCAUUAUCAUUCAUAAAUGUUUUAAUUAUUUUAUGGCCGAAGAGCCAAUCUAUCGAAAAAAAAAAUAGUUGUAUUUCAAUUUGAAGCCGUUUUGAUGGUCGAAAUGUAUAGAUUUCAGUAUUCAUUUCAUACCAUAUGAUUUAAAAAACUUCU